CAAGAUGACUCGCAGGUGUGAUACUCAGAGUAUCUUCCUCAAGUCCAAUGUGGAGUCGGAUGAGGAUGACUUCGACAUGCAAGGGAACAAUGGAGGCGGUGUCAGAAAAGCGGCGGCUACGAUGGGUUACGAUCAGCAUGAUGAUCGUUGUGGACCACGCAAGGUGGAUGAUGACUACGAAGGCUCACCUAAUUCUGGAGCUCGCCGAGUCCCCAACGCUAAAGUCCGUGGGAUCACCAGCAUGGGUAUGUAUUCUGAUCGUAUGGGUACUGAUGAUGACGUUACGAUGACUAGAAACGAUGGUGCGCGAGGUGGUACGCGGCAGUUCCCCUCGCCGCCGAAUUUGAGAGCGCGGAAGGGAGGCAAUUGGAACACUAGGAGCUUCGGCGGCAAGGGCAGUGGCAAGGGAAAGGGGUGGUCCUCUGGAGGGGGAGGCUACCGCGGAUCCCGACAAACCACGAUGAGCCCCUCUGGUGUGGUGAAGGUGAUCCUGAAGCCCAACGCUGGUGGGAGCGGCAGCAGCAGUAGGAAGGGUGGCAAAGGAGGAGGGAAGGGUUAUAGAAAUUAUGGCAAGUAAAUUACUAGGCGCAUACCCAAGGACAGUAUUUGUGAUAAGAUGUGAAUGAGGCCACUUCCAGUAUACGUUUGCUCGCCAUAAC